UCCUGACCUAUCAGUGAUACCAAGGCUCCUCCUGACUAAGGGAUAUCAUGGGGACCCUCCCUGUUCACCUUUCCCCAGUCCUUUUCCUCCUCUCUCUUUUCCUCCUGUCCCACCCCUGCACUUCCUUUCGGCCACAGGUUGUGGAGCGAACGACUGGCCCAGAGCAUCCUCAGCCCACGGGUAAUGCUACAGGGACUGGAAAGCGGUCAUGUUCAGACGUAGUGGUGUGUAAACCCGGUAUCCUGCUGCCUGUGUGGUUACCACUCAACCCUCCACUGGGAGAGCAGGCAGGGAGGGCUAUCAUCUACUUCCUCUGUCUCAUGUACACGUUCCUCGGUGUGUCCAUUAUUGCAGAUCGCUUCAUGGCAUCCAUAGAAGUCAUCACCUCUCAGGAGAAAGAGGUGACUAUCACCAAACCUAAUGGUGAAACCACAGUAACUACAGUGAGGAUCUGGAAUGAGACUGUGUCCAACCUCACACUCAUGGCCCUGGGCUCCUCUGCACCUGAAAUCCUGCUUUCUGUUAUUGAGGUGUGUGGGCACAACUUUGAUGCAGGGGAGCUCGGCCCAGGCACCAUAGUAGGCAGUGCUGCCUUCAAUAUGCUUGUGAUAAUUGGUCUCUGUGUGUGGGUGAUCCCUGAUGGAGAGUCUCGCAAGAUCAAACACCUACGUGUGUUUUUUAUUACUUCUUUCUGGAGUAUUUUUGCCUACAUUUGGCUCUACGUCAUACUGGCUGUCAUCUCACCUGGGAUUGUAGAGGUGUGGGAGGCCUUAGUGACACUGCUUUAUUUUCCGGUGUGUGUGAUCUUGGCUUGGAUUGCUGACCGUCGCCUACUCUUCUACAAAUACAUGCACAAACGUUACCGAGCUGACAAGAGGCACGGCAUUGUGGUGGAAAUGGAAGGUGACCCUGCACCCAUAAGCAGUGAUGUGAUUAUGGAUGGAAAGUCAGAUGGCAGUUCAUGCCCUGGAAACUCCUCCAGUGUGACCAUCUCUGUGCAGACAGGCAAUGAACUGGAGCGGAACAAAGAUGAGGUGGUUUCUAUCCUGAAAGACCUGAAGGAGAAACAUCCCAACAAAGACCUGGACGAGUUGAUUGAGAUGGCCAGCUACUCUUCCUUGGUCCACAUGAAGAAGAGCCGAGCCUUCUACCGUGUCCAGGCCACACGCAUGAUGAUCGGUGCUGGCAACAUAUUAAAGAAACAUGCUGCUGAGCACACACGCUGCUCACAAGGCCAGGAGGCUGACAAGGCCACAUGCUCGCACAUUUGUUUUGAAAGUGCCCAGUACCAGUGCAUUGAGAACUGUGGUUCUCUCAGCCUUGGGGUGAUACUUGAUGGGGGCACAGGUCAGAACACUUUUUAUGUAGACUACUGUACAGAAAAUGGCUCCGCCAGUGCUGGGGAGGACUAUGAAUUCACUGAGGGAACCCUGGUGUUUAAGCCAGGAGAAACCCACAAAGAGAUCAAGGUUGGUAUUUUGGAUGAUGACAUCUUUGAGGAGGAUGAGCAUUUUUUUGUGCGUCUUCAUAACCUGAGGUUAGAGGAAGGUGGAAAUGAAGGGACAGGAACUCCGCCCACAGGUAGACUAGUGGAGCCACUGGUUGCCACCAUCACUAUUUUGGAUGAUGACCACGCUGGCAUCUUCACCUUUGAUCAGCGGGUGCUUCGGGUGAGUGAGAGCACAGGCACCCUGACAGUGAGUGUGGUGAGGAAUUCAGGCUCCAGGGGCACGGUUGCUGUGCCAUACCAUACAGAGGAUGGCAGUGCCAAGGCUGGGGUGGACUACGAGGAGACCCGAGGGGAGCUGGAAUUCACUAAUGAACAGACCAGUAAGAUGUUACAAGUGCCCAUUAUAAAUGUGGAAGAGUACGAGAAGCAGGAAAACUUCUUCAUUGUGCUUGAGGACCCCAAAUGGCUGAAGCGAGGACUCUCUGGAACCCCUACCCCUGAGGAGGAAGAGGCCAGGAGGAUCUCUGAGAUGGGUAAACCCAUUCUAGGAGAGCACAGCAGGAUAGAGGUCAUCAUAGAGGAGUCCUGUACUCUCAAUGGAAUACUAGACCAGAGAACUGUGGACAAACUCCUGAAGGAUACAAAUCUGGCCGUAGUGAUUGGCACUCACUCGUGGAGAGAGCAGUUCAGUGAAGCAGUCACGGUCAGUGCAGGUAAUGGAGAUGAGGAGGAGGGACAGGGGCAGCAAACCCCAAAAUGCUUUGACUACUUCAUGCACAUACUGUGCAUUUUUUGGAAGAUUUUGUUUGCUUGUGUCCCACCCACUGACUACUGGAAUGGCUGGGCAUGCUUCAUAGUGUCAAUCUCUGUCAUUGGUGCCUUAACAGCCAUUAUUGGAGACCUAGCCUCUCAUUUUGGCUGCACCAUAGGCCUGAAAGACACCGUCACUGCUGUGGUCUUUGUAGCACUGGGAACUUCUCUUCCUGAUACCUUUGCCAGUAAAGUGGCUGCCACUCAGGACCAGUAUGCAGAUGCAUGUGUGGGAAACGUGACUGGAAGCAAUUCAGUUAAUGUGUUUUUGGGUAUUGGGGUAGCCUGGUCUGUGGCUGCCAUAUACUGGGAAGUCAAAGGUAAGGUUUUCCAUGUGGACCCUGGCUCGCUGGCCUUCUCUGUCACGCUCUUCACUAUUUUUGCCUUCUUCAGUAUGGGAGUGUUGAUGCUACGGCGGAGGCCGUCCAUAGGCGGUGAACUGGGAGGUCCACGGAUCCCCAGAGUCCUCACUUCACUGCUUUUCUUUGGACUCUGGUUCCUCUACAUCCUCUUUGCCAGCUUGGAGGCAUAUUGCCAUAUACAAGGCUUCUGAGAAAACAACUGUGGAGAGUCAGGACAGCACACUCACAGACACACACAUGGCCAGGACAUUACCUUGGAUUAUACUGUUUGAGUAACUCUCACUGAAAACAUGACAACUGCUGCCAUGGUUCUUAAAAAACAUUGUAUACACAAUACAGACUCACACAUGCAUAUCUGUUCAUCACAUCCACUGCACAACAGUACCAGUCAGUAGAAUGAUUGUGACAGUAAAGAUCAUUUAGUGUGACUGAAAGUGGUGAUUCACUCACCGCUGAAGUCUUAUCCUUUUAUUUAUCAGUGAUGUAAUUUAAUGUCUUUAUAAUUUAUUGUAUUUUAGCUGAUAUGAAUGGAAAUAUAUUGUAAUUUAUUGUAAGUUGUCACAAUUACAAUGAAAUAUGAACUGAGUGUGUCUGCGCUGGAUCAUCACCCACACUGUUUUAUUAACUUACCUGUAUACUGUAUUACUUCUGCAUUAUAGCGGUUUGGGGGGGGCAGAAGAAUAUUAUUCUUCUAAAUUCUGUGCUCCGUAUUAAAUGGAAAUUAUAUUUUAGGUGCAUCAGAAAUGUGGAUGGGGCUAAUGGCUUUAGGAUUCGUAAACAAUAAAAAUCAGGUUCCCUCACAAGAUUUUGCCAAAUGUGUAUAAAAAGGGAAAAGGAAGACCAAAACCCAGAACAGAUUCUUGAGAUACCAUCAGUCAUUGUUAUGGGCGAAGACCUUGGGAACACCUAGAUUACAUGCACGUAAGCUAUAAAAGCAGUUAAAGAGCCCAUGGCAUGCUCUUUCCCAGCCAUUUAUUGUUUAAUUUUGGGUACCUCUAGAUUAGCUGUGGACUCAUAACUCUAAAUAGUCUCUAUUUCAGAAGGAUAAAACCCGAGAG